CCAGCUCUGCCUAGACAAAGACUCCUACCUGGCCAAGCUCUGGUGGGCAGAAAAAAUGUCUACCCGCUAUCACCAAGCAGCGAGUGACAGCUACCUGGAACUUCUGAAGGAGGCCACCAAGCGUGAUCUGAAUCUCUCAGAUGAGGAUGGCAUGACACCCACUCUCCUGGCAGCCUACCAUGGCAACCUCGAGGCCCUAGAAAUAAUCUGCAGUAGAGGUGGAGACCCUGAUAAGUGUGACAUCUGGGGGAACACUCCUCUACAUUAUGCAGCCUCCAAUGGCCACACUCACUGCAUCUCAUUUCUAGUCAAUUUUGGUGCCAACAUCUUUGCCCUGGAUAAUGACUUGAAGUCUCCACUGGAUGCUGCUGCCAGUAGGGAGCAGAAAGAAUGUGUUGCUCUCCUGGACAAGGCUGCCACUGUGCAGAACACCAUGAACCCCAAAAGAGUCACCAGACUGAAGGAACAGGCUCUGAAGAAUGCCAGGAAGCAGAUGAAAGAGUGCGAACGGCUUCAGGAGAGGCACCAAAACAAGAUGGCACGCACCUAUAGCAAGGAAGACUCAGGGACAAUUUCUUCUUCCCAUAGUACCUUGUCUAGGUCGUUUCUUUCAACUACUUCAGCUGGUAGAAUUGGGUCACUGUCCAAGGGCAUUAAAGAUACCUUCAAGAUAAAAUCUAAGAAGAACAAAGAUACAACAGAACAGCUAGGGAAGGAUGGCCGAAGUGGGCAGAGACCUGUGAUGGAAGUGUUCAGAGAGGAGGAAGAAGACUCAUUUCCAAAGGACUUCAAAGAGAAGCUCCAUUUCUCAGUAGAAGAAGAUGGUGAUGUACAACAUGAGUCUAUUCUCAACCGUCCGGGUCUAGGAAGUAUUGUUUUUAGUAGAAACAGAGUACUGGACUUUGAGGACAUCUCCGACAGCAAGAGGGAGUUGGGGUUUAAAAUGCCCAGUGAGCUAUUCCAAAGACAAGGGGCAGCAGGAACAGUAGAAGAAGAAGAGGAGGAGGAGAGAGAGGCAAACGGCACUGCAGGUGAUCUUCCUUGGGAUGAAGAAGAAGUAGAAUGGGAGGAAGAUGCAGUUGAUGCUACUCCAUUGGAAGUGUUCUUGCAGUCUCAGCACCUGGAGGAACUCCUUCCCAUUUUUAUGAGAGAACAGAUUGAUCUAGAGGCUCUGCUGCUUUGCUCUGAUGAAGACCUUCAGAAUAUCCACAUGCAGCUGGGCCCCAGGAAGAAAGUCCUUAGUGCCAUAGACAAAAGGAAGCAGGUGCUCCAACAGCCUGGGCAGUUGGUUGACACCAGCCUCUAAUGGAGGACAUUGAUUAACAGGGUAGCCUGAGCCUGGGGUUCAUGCUGAGUUCUCCUGGAACCACUCCAGGAUGAACCCUGUGCCUGGUCUCUGUCUAAUGACAAACCCCUGGGUGUAGGUGUUAGAGUUUUAGAGAGGACACUCCAAAUCAGAGGCUCAUACUCUGUAUCCAAGUAAACCACCAAUGAGAAAAGACCUUGAAAUGGGAAAAUGGUGUUUCUCUUCCAGGCUUUGAAUUCUGUGUAGACCAAAGGCUCUCACUAGUCUGAAGCCCAAAGCCCAACUUAAUGGAUCUAGUCAUUUAACAGAUGCUUACUAACUAUGGGGUUGGGUUUACAAUAUUCCUGGCUGAGAAUCGGGACGUGUAGCAGGUAGGGGGAUGGCAGACAGAAAAUGUGGACUGAAUUUCUAAAGUUCAUGGAUGGAAGCCCUAACCCCUAAGUGAAUGGUUUUGGAGAUAGUACUUUAAAGAUGUGAUUAAGGUUGAGUGAGGUUAUAAGGGCAGGCUCAUAAUCCAUAUGACUUAAAAGACAAGGAAGAGUGGGAAGGGUUUGUUCACACUCAAGAAAGGAGGACAGCAGGAAGGCAGCUGCCAUCCAGCCAAGGAGAGAGGCACUGAGAAAUCGAACCUGGAAACAGUUUGGGCUUUCAGCCUACUGAGAUGUGAAAAAUAAAUGUCUGUUGUUUGAGCCA